GGAAGGGAUGUACGGCGCUCCGCAAGAUCGAUUCGUCGACUCGUGAAAUUACGCUGCUCCACCAUGUUUCAUCUGCACGGUUGCUCUGCUGUCCGCUGCCGUCGCGCAUAAGAAUUAGGGUUUUCCUCCCCCUUGCCUUGGGCGACGGCGAAGGGAAGAGGGGCCGACUGGAGGAUGGCGAGCGUGUACAUCCCUGUGCAGGGGACGGAGGAGGAAGUGCGUGUGGCGCUGGACCACCUCCCCCACGACGCCUCUGACAUCCUCGACAUCCUCAAGGCCGAACAAGCCCCGCUGCACCUUUGGCUCAUCAUCGCGAGAGAAUACUUCAAGCAAGGAAAGAUAGAACAGUUCCGACAGAUUCUAGAGGAAGGAUCCGGCCCAGAAAUUGACGAGUAUUAUGCGGAUGUGAAGUACGAGCGGAUAGCCAUCCUUAAUGCUUUGGGUGCUUUUCAUACUUUCUUAGGAAAAGCUGAGAGAGCACCACAGAGGGAAGUACAUUUCAAAGAUGCGACUCAGUACUACAAUAGGGCAUCAAGGAUAGAUGAAACUGAACCUUCUACAUGGAUUGGAAAAGGUCAACUCUGUGUGGCCAAGGGAGAAAUGCAAAUGGCCUCUGACUCAUUCAAGAUUGUGUUAGAUGAGGAUGUGGAUAAUUUUCCAGCUCUUCUUGGUCAGGCUUCUGUUUAUUUCCUGAUGGGUGAUAUGGAACAGCAACACAAGAAAGCUCUGGAAUUUUAUAGGAACUCACUAGAUCUCUAUAAGAGAGCCAUGCGGGCCUAUGCAGAUUGUCCUGCUGCUGUUAGGCUCGGUAUAGCCUUUUGCCGAUACAAAAUUGGUCAGCUAGACAGAGCUCGACAAGCUUUCGAACGAGUUUUACAGUUGGACCCUGAAAAUGUCGAUGCGCUAGUAGCACUUGCAAUCAUGGACUUGCAAACAAAUGAAGCUGGUGUAAUUCGCAGAGGGAUGGAUAAAAUGAGAAGAGCUUUUGAAAUUUUUCCUUAUUGCACAUUGGCGCUCAACCACCUAGCCAACCAUUAUUUCUUUACUGGCCAACAUUUUGUGGUUGAGCAACUGACUGAGACUGCUCUCUCUUCAAGCAACCAUGGACUACUGAAAUCGCAAGCUUACUAUAACUUAGCCAGAUCAUACCACAGUAAGGGUGACAUUGAGACUGCUGGACGGUAUUAUAUAGCAUCUGUGAAAGAAAUCAAUAAACCACAAGAUUUUGUAUUGCCAUUUGUUGGACUUGGUCAAAUACAAUUAAAAUUUGGUGACUUCAAACGUUCCUUAGCUAGCUUUGAGAAAGUGCUGGAGGUACACCCUGAAAAUUGUGAAAGUUUAAAGGCUAUUGGGAACAUUUAUGCAAAUUUGGGUGAGAAUGAUAAAGCCAUCGAAACAUUCAAAAAAGUUACACGUAUUGAUCCAAAAGAUCACCAGGCAUUUGUUGAACUCGGCGAAUUGUUGGUAGAAUCUGAUUGGGCUGCUGCUAUGGAAUACUUAAAGACAGCACGGACUCUCCUAAAGAAGGCAGGGGAGAAAACACCUGUUGAGUUGCUCAAUGGAAUUGGACUUCUUUAUUUUGAGAAGGCAGAGUUUGAGCUGGCUGAACAGAGUUUUAAGGAAGCACUAGGAGAUGGUAUUUGGCUUUCAAUUAUGGAUUGGAGUGUAGGUAGCUCUAUGGUAAGCUGGAGUGUGCAGUACAGGGAUCAGAGCUUUUUUCACGAACUUGAAGAACGCGUGCCUCUUGAAUUACCUUGCGACAAGGUUACCACAUUGUUUAACUAUGCAAGAUUAUUGGAAGAGCUCCAUGAUACUGUGAAAGCCAGCCUCCUUUACCGUCUCAUUAUUUUCAAGUAUGCGGACUACAUUGAUGCCUACCUUAGGCUAGCGGCUAUUGCAAAAGAAAAAAACAAUAUUCAACUGAGCAUUGAGCUGAUAGGUGAUGCUCUGAAGAUAAAUAGCAAGUAUCCAAAUGCUCUGUCUAUGCUUGGAAGUCUUGAACUCCAAAGUGAUGAAACAUGGCUUACUGCAAAGGAACGUUUCCGUGAUGCUAAAGAUUCUACUGAGGGAAAAGAUCCAUACUCUUUACUUCAGUUGGGGAACUGGAACUACUUUGCUGCCAAUCGCCCUGAGAAAAAGGCUCCAAAAUUUGAGGCUACACAUCGUGAGAAAGCAAAGGAACUAUAUUUGAACGUACUCAAGCAGAACCCGGGUAAUAUGUUUGCUGCAAAUGGUAUUGGAAUCUUACAUGCUGAGAAAGCCCAAUGGGAUAUUGCAAAGGAGUUAUUUACACAGGUACAUGAAGCUGCAUCAGGAAGUAUAUUUGUUCAGGUGCCUGAUGUAUGGAUCAAUUUGGCUCAUAUAUUUUUUGCUCAAGGCCUUUUUCAACAAGCAGUUAAAAUGUACCAAAAUUGCCUGAGGAAGUUUUUCUACAACACAGACGCAACUAUACUUCUAUACCUUUCCCGAACACAUUAUGAAGCUGAGCAAUGGCAGGACUGCCGGAAAUCGUUGCUGAGAGCUAUACAUUUGGCUCCAUCAAAUUAUUUAUUACGGUUUAAUGUAGGAGUUUCAAUGCAAAAAUUCUCAGCUUCUACUCUACAGAAGACAAAACGAACAGUUGAGGAGGUUCGUGCAACAGUCACCGAGCUUCAGAAUGCCAUUAGAGUGUUCAGUCUGUUAUCUGUUGCAUCAACGUACCAUUCUCAUGGUUUUGAUGAGAGGAAAAUUGAAACGCAUGUUGAGUAUUGCAAACAUUUGCUUGAUGCUGCAAAGGUUCAUCGUGAUGCAGCUGAACAAGCUGAGCAGCAAAACAGGCAAAAAUUGGAAGUUGCCCGGCAAAUUGCUUUGGCUGAGGAGGCUCGCCGGAGGGCUGAAGAACAGAGGAAAUUCCAGUUAGAAAGAAGGAAGCAAGAGGACGAGUUAAAGCAAGUAAUGCAACAGGAGCAGCACUUUGAGCGUGUCAAGGAACAAUGGAAAACAUCCAGCAAUACCCCUGGCAAGAGAAAAGAUAGGUCCAAGCAUGAAGAUGAAGAUGGCGGGGGUGAAAAGAGAAGGAGGAAGGGUGGCAAGAGGAGGAAGGAUCAGAAGACUAAAAUGCAAUACGGGGAAGAGGAAGAAGAUGAAUACAGAAACGAACCAGAAGAUGAUUAUGCAAACAUUACCAGGGAUACUGGCGGUGACAAAUUAGAGAAAGCCCCAGAUCACCUUCUGGUGGCUGCUGGUCUUGAAGAUUCUGAUGCUGAAGAUGAUAUGGUACCUCAAUCUGCGAUAGAACGGAAGAGACGAGCAUGGUCAGAAUCUGACGAGGAUGAACCGGUGCAGGGAGCAGUGCAACAUAGCCCAAGCGCGACUGAUCUUAGCGAAUGAAAUAAGUAGAGGGAUGAUGCUCUUGACAUUGUAAGUCUGGACAAGUAUGGGAUGAUUUUUAUUUAUGCAAACGUUGGUUCCCUGGCUAUGGAGUAAAAAAAGGGGCUCGUGAUCAUCUACGCUUCUGGACAACAGAAUGUGAAAAUAGAGCUCAAGUUGUGAUAUUCCUAUUGAAGUCCCAACUGUUGAAUUUGCUUUCAAUAUGUGACAACUAAUUUAAUUCGAGAGCUUACAUUGCCCUUAGUUUAUGCUU